CGUCUGACGUUGUAGCAAUUUUUUACAUAAAUGAAAGGAUAGACUGACUUGAGAGGAAAAGUUAACCUGCAAUUAUUUCACAGUUAGAACACUCGUAGCAUUACAUUUACUUCAGACAUAGCCUUGAGUGUAGAGUGAUUGUUACAUAUUAUUUUAACUAUUUUGUACUUAUAAUUAUGACUGAUUCUCAAGAAACUCUAUUGCAAAAAAUUCAAGAACAAGGUGAUCUUGUAAGAAAAUUAAAAGCUGCCAAGGAAUCAAGUGAAAAGGUUAAGACGGUCCAAAGUUUUUAUGGAAAUCUCGAAGAAAUAAAUAAACACCUCUCUCAAUUUAGUUACCUAAGUGGCCACAUGCCUAGUAAAGUUGACAUUGAAACACACAAUAAAUUAGAUUGUAAUGUACACUUUCAAAAUUAUCCCCAUUUAAAGAGAUGGUGGUACCAUAUGCGGAGUUUCAGUGACUCUGAGAGAUCUUUAUUUCCAGAGAGCUAUCACUUAAAUUGUAUGGUAAAAAACUAUAAUGCCAAUAAUAAAAGUGUUGAUCAGCAGAUUAAAGAAGAGGUCUCAAAGUUGUUGGCAUUAAAAGCUCAGUUAGGUUCUGAAGAUGCUGCACCUCAGAAGUUUGUACUCAAGACUGCAAAAGGUACACGGGACUAUAAUCCUCAGCAGAUGACAAUUCGGAAUAAUGUUUUACAAAAAAUCAUCACAGUGUUUAAGAGACACGGAGCAGAAUGUAUUGAUACACCAGUUUUUGAAUUAAAGGAAGUUUUAACUGGAAAAUAUGGUGAAGAUUCAAAGUUGAUCUAUGAUUUAAAAGACCAGGGUGGUGAGAUACUGUCUCUGAGAUAUGACUUAACAGUACCUUUGGCCAGAUACCUGGCAAUGAAUAAAAUAAAUACAUUGAAAAGGUACCACAUUGCUAAAGUGUACAGAAGAGAUAAUCCAGCCAUGACAAGAGGGAGGUACAGGGAAUUCUAUCAAUGUGAUUUUGAUAUUGCUGGUCAAUAUGACUUGAUGGUACCGGAUGCUGAAUGUCUUAAAGUGGUUACAGAAAUAUUAGAUGCCUUAGAUAUUGGAAAGUAUGUCCUUAAAGUUAAUCACAGGCGGUUACUUGAUGGCAUGUUCGAAGCUUGUGGUGUAUCAGCAGAUAUGUUCCGCUCUACUUGUUCCACUAUUGACAAACUCGAUAAGUCUACAUGGGAUGAAGUACGCACAGAAAUGAUUAAUGAAAAAGGUGUAACACCUGAUGCAGCUGAUCGUAUCGGAGAAUAUGUAAGAUUAAAUGGAAGCAUUGAAUUAGCAGACAAACUUCUGCAAGAUGAAAAAUUGUCUAAAUCUAAAGGAGCAGUCGAAGGUCUUGAAGGCAUAAAAUUGUUGCUAAAUUAUUGCGAGCUUCUUGGUAUCAAGGACAAGAUACUGUUUGAUUUAAGUCUGGCUAGAGGCUUAGAUUAUUACACUGGUGUUAUUUAUGAAGCUGUUUUAACGCAACCAAUCAAAAUAGGCAAUGAAGACCAAACAAUUGGAUCAAUAGCCGGUGGGGGACGAUACGAUAACCUUGUUGGUAUGUUCGACUCGAAAAAUAAACAGGUCCCGUGCGUGGGCGUGAGUAUCGGCGUGGAGCGCGUGUUCUCCGUGCUGGAGGCCAAGCUGGCGGCCGGAGACAUCAGCGUGCGCACCAGCGACGUCGACGUGUACGUCGCCUCCGCGCAGAAGAACUUCCUCGACGAGCGGAUGAAGAUUUGCGCUGAGCUGUGGAAUGCCGGCAUUAAGACCGAGCAAUCUUACAAAAAGAAUCCCAAAAUGUUAAAUCAGCUGCAGCACUGUGAAGAGAAUGGUAUUCCAUUAGCCGUGAUUCUAGGCGAAUCUGAACUUAAACGUGGCCUAGUCAAAAUACGUAAUAUUUCAACCAGGCAAGAAGAAGAAGUACCAAGGGAGAAUCUAGUACAAGAACUAAAGUCGAAAAUCGAACUUUUAGAUAUCAAAGAGAUGAAUGGCCCUUUAGCUAAAUAAUACUUUAUAUUAAAAAAUAUAUUGUUUCCUCUUAAUGAUAGUAUAUAAUUUAUCUGUACAAUUUUUUU